AUGCCUGAGUGGACAUCGCGUUCUUUAGAAAUCGAGGCAGUUGGUUUGUGGUUUCUGGAUGUCGACGAGGAAACAGGAGUUGUACUUAAUGACAUGACAGUCUACCAAAUUUGCAAACAAUCCGUCAACUUGGCGCGGGCGGGAGCCGACAUGGUUUGUCCUAGCGAGAUGAUGGAUGGGCGGGUGACUGCAAUUCGCGAAGCGCUGGAUAUGGAGGGCUGCGUGGACACAUCGAUUUUAUCCUACGCGUGCAAAUACGCCUCUGGAGCCGACAUGGUUUGUCCUAGCGAGAUGAUGGAUGGGCGGGUGACUGCAAUUCGCGAAGCGCUGGACAUGGAGGGCUGCGUGGACACAUCGAUUUUAUCCUACGCGUGCAAAUACGCCUCAUCUCUAUACGGGCCGUUCAGGGAUGCCGUGGGCUCCAACAUCAAAGGGGGCGUAGAUAAGAAAACCUAUCAAAUGGAUACCUCCAAUGCCUUGGAGGCCGAGCGCGAGGCGGAGUUGGGUGCGUGCCUGUUGCUUGCCUAUUCCCCUCUUGGCUUCGUUGCUGCUGUCUUCUCCGCUUGA